AUUUAAUCAAAUAUUUAAAUUGAAACAAAUUUUUUAAAAAAUCGGAUGUGCAACAUAAAAUAUAAAUUUUAAUCAUGGCAAGAACGAGAGAAGGAUACGGGGGGGACAAGGAUUCCAACCCAAUUCAGAAAGCGGUAUGGCUUAUUUGUUGUGGUAUUGCUUCAGCAUAUGUAGCUUGUAUGGCCUACAGCAUUUUGUUUCCAAACUGGAGAGAAGCAGGGCCCAUUACAUAUAACUACAUUCACAAAGCAAGCAAGCGUCAACACACUGUGGACGAGACACGAUAUGGGCUCUACCAAGUAGUUUACGACAACUAUAUGGCAAAACAGACUUGGUCUAGAAGAGUUAGUAACGUUAAGGCGAAGGGUUAUAUGGCAAUACAAAAUUCGAGCCAAAAUCACAGGGGUGGGUACAAAAAUUUCUUUGUAAACGAGUGUCCUGCUGCCUGUAGAGAUGGGAUUUCAGCCAGAAUAAGAGUAUACGAAAACUUACUUGGGUACAACAGCAUUUUGCUACUUAUACUCGUAGUAUGUACAGUUUUUGUUGCUUUGGGAAUAAUAUGGUACUUCUUUUGGGGAAAGACCAUAAUAAUAGCGUUCGUUUGGAUUAUUGCAGGGGCCCUCGGAUUCGGUAGCACGUUAUGGUGGAACAGAGUUACACACAAAACGUGGUUAACGGCAGUAAGAACACAAAUGAUGCCUUUUCCAUACGUGGCAAGCUGCUACAGGGUAGCACUUAUCUCAAAUCUUACAUUAUUUUGUUCAACCCUUGCAAUAUUCUUUAUUGAUGUAAUAGCGCAAUUUAUAAAAAACAAUAGGAUGAAAGCAAACGCUCGAUUAAUGAAUGGCGAUGGAAUGGAAUACGGAGGACAACCAUUGCCAUUUGGAAGGCCAGAAGCUAUGAAUAUGCAAGGGCCAAAAGCUGAGCAUAAAGUUCCACACUUGAUACCACCACCAUUGCCAGAAUCUGGAUUUAAUCCAGGAUCAUUAUUUAAUGGAUUAGGAUUUAAUAACAAUAUGAAAUUAGGUAACAACAAUGAAAAAAACACUCCAUCUAUGUGGGCUAGAAACUUCCAGUUUUAACUUAACUGUAUUUAAUCUGGUUUAACAAUUA